CAAACUGCUCCUUAUUUUCUUCUUUCUUCCAAAGCAAGACAGAACAACCUGAAAAACAAGACACAAACAGAAACAGAGGAAGAGAGAUGAAGUUAGUUUGGUCUCCUGAGGCUGCUUCCAAGGCCUAUAUCGACACCGUUAAAUAUUGUGAUACUUUUCGCCAUGAAUCCGGCGUACCGGAGUUGGUUUCAGCCAUGGCUGCGGGGUGGAACGUGAAAUUCAUCGCGGAAACGUGGUCGCAGGGAGGUGCUACUGCGACUAGCGUUGGGUUGGCGGUGGCCAGCCGUCACACAAAUGGAAGGCACGUGUGUAUAGUCCCAGAUGAGAGGUCGAGAACAGAGUAUAUUGAUGCCCUGGGAGAGAUUGGCAUGUCGACGGAAGUGAUUGUCGGAGAGCCAGAGGAAUUGAUGGAGAGGCUAAAUGGGAUAGAUUUCUUGGUGGUGGAUAGCCGGCGAAGGGACUUUGCCAGGGUAUUGAGGCUGGCGAGACUGAGCAACCGUGGUGCAGUCCUGAUGUGCAAGAAUGCCAACUUGAAAGGGACUUCAAGUUUCCGGUGGCGGAGCGUUUUCGGAGAUGGUUCACGGCGGCUCGUGCGAUUGGUGUUUCUUCCAGUGGGAAAGGGGCUUGAUAUUGCACACGUGGCCAGCGGCGGAGGGAAUUCAAGCUCAGGCAACAGUGAGAGGCGGUGGAUCAGGCAUGUCGACCAACAUUCAGGCGAAGAGCAUUAUGUUCUCCGCAGAAUAAAGUAAUUUCUUUUGUAAUGGAAGAUUUUCUUCUAACCAUGAUCUUAACAGAAAAUUGAAAAACAAACUGAUUCCAUUCACUAGUUAAGUGGAAAUCAUUUGAGACAUUAGAAAUUGAAUGUAAGAUCCAUUCCAUAGACCAUAAAUCUUCUGUAAUCAUCCUAGAUUUUGACAUUUAUGUAUAAAAGGUUCAAAGAUGAAACAUGACAUUUACAGGUAUCAUUCAUAUCAAUCUCCUGCUCAGAAUCCUCAGAUUAACCACCUAAAUAGUAUAUCUACUUGACAGAGAUGCAACUAGACAAGUGACAACUGAAAUUGUACGUCUAAAACUAUGAUAAAGAUAACUUCCGUGUGGGGUGAUCGGUGCUUGUAAAAGCUAGACACUUCAGUGCUUCGUGCUAGAAGGUACUGCUGCAUCCACCUCCACUUGAUGCUUUUAAUUCCUUGCUCUCCCCUGAGAAUACACUCGCAUCCCUUGUAUCUGAUAAUCCCCUCGUCUUUGUAGAAUGCUGGGUAUGAGAAGGCCCUGCAUUUUCCCUUUCAUCUGGCACAACUCUCCCAGACUGCUGAAAACACUCAGUAGAAGGGAGCGCCCAACCACCCUGACUUGCCUGCCCAUUCUGUCUGCUGUCACCAGCUCCUGAGACAAAUUGUACUAUGAUCAGUUCGCAUAUGUAUC